AUGAAUGAAUAGCGUAAAAGUGAGAAGUAAAAUGAAAUUGGCUAGAUUCCUAGAAUCCCAAUUUUAUAUGGAUAUGGGAAUGAAAAGGUGGAAAAUGGCAUCUAGGGUUAGCUAUAAGUCUUUGAAGAAAUAGUUAAUUUAAUGAGAUGUUUUCACUCAUAUAAUUGGAUACACAAUGAUAUUAAACCAGACAAUUUCAUGGUAAAAAUGAAUAAAGAAGAUAAUAAAGGCAUUGUUUUUCUAAUUGAUUUCGGAGGAAUAAAGGAGUAUUCAUAGGCAAAGUUUGAUAAAUAUAAUGAUAAAUUUCCACUUUAAGGAUAGACACUACCAUGGCUUUAGCUUUGCCUAGAUUAUGGCAAAGCUCAUAAUAAAAAUGAGAUUUUAGAGAAGAUAAAAGAUUUAAAAAUUAAAUUGGAACCAGAUCCAAAUUAAUUCGGAUUGUUUGAAAAUGCUUUGAUUAAAUAAAUAAAGGAUUUUGAAAAAUUAAGAUCUGAAAAACCCUCCAAAUAUACCACGUAGAUAGAUUACGAUUUAAUCAUAGAAAAAAUCAUGUCAAAAUAUGAAUCAACUAAUUCAAGAAAGCUAAAAAAUGAAAAACUAAAAUCAUAGCUAUGA